AUGUCGGACUCCGACGGUCAUAUCCCCGGGACGGUCCAACUAGUUGAUCUGGACCACAACCUUCAUGCCCGUCACGCUGGCACUGGGGAUAUUAUACUCAAUCCCACACCUUCCAAUGAUCCAAAUGAUCCCCUUAAUUGGAGCCGUCGCCGCAAGCUGCUGUCACUUAUCUGCCAGAAUCUGUACACUUGGUUUACGGGAAUCUCACUAUCAACGGUGUACUCCGUUCUCGUGCCUCUUUCCAAGUCCUCCGGCGUGUCAGUCGCCACGCUGAAUGAGGGAACCGGCUACAUGUUUCUUCUCCUCGGCUGGGGAUUGCUCUUCUGGCAGCCUUUCUCCUUGCGAUAUGGGAAGCGCCUGACAUAUCUUGUUUCGACUCUUGGAGGAAUCGGCAUCAGCAUUUGGAGCGCCUACGUCACCAGUAACGGAGAAUGGAUUGCCAACCGCAUCAUACAAGGUUUCUUCAUUGCCCCAAUCGAGGCUCUGCCUGAAAUCUCUGUCACGGACAUUUAUUUCACUCACGAACGGGGCACCUACAUGGGCAUUUAUUCGUUGACCCUAGCCGGCAGCAACUAUUUCGCUCCCGUCAUCUGUGGAUUCAUCGCGCAAUACCAGGGCUGGCAAUGGGUCUUCUACUGGCCUGCCAUAUUCCUUGCAUUUGUUUUCGUGUUUCUCUUCUUCUUCAUGGAAGAAACCAACUACAAUCGCUCCUACCAACAACCCAGGGCUAUGGCACCUGUCUCUGCUGAGAACUCAGAAAAGCCCACCGACGAGCAACAGAGCAUCGAUGGUACAAAGGACUCUUCGCAGGUUGAGAGCGGUGAAGUGUAUGCCCCACCCAAGACCUUCUUCCAGAAGAUGUCCAUCUGGCAGCCGUCACCCGGCCAGAACAUGAUCCAGCGCAUCAUCCGAGCUCUCAAGCUCCUCAGCUGGCCCGUCAUCUUCUACGCCGGCUUCUCGUACGGAUCCUACGUCAUCUGGUUCACCGUCCUCAACGCCACGGCUUCCAUCAUCCUUUCCGGCCAUCCGUACAACUUUGGCUCUUCCAUGGUGGGGCUGAGCUACAUUUCGUGCUGUAUCGGCGUCGUCACCGGGUCCCUCGUUUCGGGGAGACUUAGCGACUGGUUGACCAUCAAACUUGCCCGCCGCAACAAUGGCGUUAUGGAGGCGGAGCAUCGUCUGUGGCCGUUUUCCAUUUGCGUCGUUAUGGUUCCCGGUGCGUUGAUCCUAUGGGGUGUGGGUGCUCAACAUGAGGUUCACUGGUUUGGUCUUGUGUUCGCCAUGGGCUGCCUCGCCUUCACGACUGCGGUGGGCAUCACUCUCAGUGUCAACUACUUGAUCGACAGCUAUCACGAUAUCAGCGGAGACGCCAUCGUCACCAUUAUCUUGGUUCGGAAUACCAUGAUUUUUGCCAUUAGUUAUGGUAUCACACCUUGGCUGAUGAAUCUUGGGUAUCAAAACUGUUUCAUCUCCGCCGCCUUUAUCGGAAUGGCAGCUUCGUCCGUGUGCUUCUUCAUGAUCAAAUUCGGAAAGGGUUUCAGAGUCAGGAGCGCUCAAGCGUAUCACGAGCUGGUCAAAGGCGACAGGGCACAAUGGGAAGGACCGUAG